GCCAGUCAGUCUGUCUCUAUGUACAUGCAAUGUCAUGCAAUGCAAUGCAAUGCAAUGCAGGUAAGCGGCGCCAGUGAGUGGGUGGGUGAGUGAGUUAUCCAUUGGGAUGGGGUCGAUAUUGCCGGGGCAGCCAUGUGUGUGGAGUGCGGGGCAGCUCCUCCACACGAUGGCGGCCCUCACCACGAUAGCUAACCGGACUCGACUGGUACUCCUGAGAACCCAUACGCUCAUCUAAACACACACACAGCCGGCAGGAGUGAAUCAACAAACAGGCCAGGUCAUCGAUCCAUCCAUCCAUCCCCGUGUGUGUCGUUGGUUGUUGGCUGACCCAUGGGGUGUCGUUGAUGUGGUGUUGUGGUGUCCCUGUGGGGUAUGGGGGGCUGAGCGGGCAGCUCCUCAGACGCCUCGGACUGGCCGCCCGCACGACGCAUCACCUCCUUCUUCACCUGAACGAUGACACGGAUGGAUGGAUGAAUCAGUGAAUGACACACAGCACCCACCCCCACGCAAUGCAUUGGGUUGGAUGGAAAGUGACGUGACGUACGUACCGCAUGCUUGAUCUCGCUUUUCAAGUCCCUUUCCAUUUGCUGGCGCAUGAGCCUCAUCUCCUCGGCAUGUGUGGCCACCUGCCGCUCCACAUGGUCCAGCCUACUGCUGUUCUCAUACACUGCCGCACGCUGCUCAGCCACCUCCUUCUUGAGCGCAACCAUCGGAGCAAACAGACCCUUGACGUAAUCUUCCAAAGACUCACCCGCCUUGGGCAAUCCCACCGGCGCCAAAGCAGUCGUCGAAGACGAUAGCUGGGAGACGUCAUCGCGGCGCAGUGCCAGCCCUUCUGGCGCCGGUAGAAGAUCCCUAGAGUUGGGGCGGCUGUCCGGCUCCUCCACCACCACCCUCCCCCUGUCCCUCCCCCAGCCAACAUUGCUGACAUGACGAUGGUCCACAUAGUCUUGACGGCGGCUGCUCCCCUGCAGACUAGGCACGUCCUCAUACCGCGGCUGAGACACCUCCACCACCCUCGGCUCCAUCGGAUGACGACCGUACGCCCCACCGUAGUGGUCCACGGGCUCCUUUCUCGGCCGGUGUAGGUGACCCACAGGUGCGUGGGUAUCAUCCUGGUAUGGCGUGGGUUCUUCUUCCGCGACCACCGUGGGGUGAUGGGCGGGUCGGGUGUGGAGAGGGGGCACGGCGGGGUGGAUGUUGAACUCAGUGUGGCGGGCCCUGUCGUCCCGCACAAGACGCAGCCGGGCUUGCGGAAAGGCCCGAGAUGCAAACGCACCCCCACCCGACAUAUCCACCUCUGCCGGUCGAUCACCGCCCACCCCUUGGUGGCUCUCCCGCCUUGCUGUCGAGCGGUGCAUGUGCCGAUCGUCGGGCCCCUCUGACGGUGGGAUGCGCUGGUGUGAGGGGGUCGGUUGGUGGCCCACCCCACGCUGGUCCUCUCCGGCUGGGUAUCGCUCCUUGUGUCUGCUCCAAUCGCCACCACCACGUGUGUCACGGUGCCUGGGGCCCGGACUGAUGUCGAAACGCACUGGCUUUGGCCUCACAUCGCGGAGGCUGGCGGGAGGGGGCGGCUGAGUCGGCUCCUGAGAGGCUUGAGGCACAGCUUGACGAUAACGGGGCGGCUCAGUGGGCGUCUCGACCGCCUUUGCUGCGGCGUGUCCUCGUGGCGAUGUAGUAGCCAGAAUGACCGAUGGACGUGCGGUGGGAGUUAUGAGCUGCUCCUGGUGGUGCUGUUGCGAUGGAGCCCGGGGCGUCACCGAACGAGGCGUCUUGUCAACCAUCCUGUCGGUCAUGUCACACAGCACCAUCAGACAAGACACCGAUCGGCCGAUACAUAGACAGACAGACAGACAUCCUGCGCUGUGGGUGUGGUGUGUGUAUACAUACAUACAUACAUGUGCUUCCUCCCUUCCUCCCUUCCUUCCUUCCUUCCUUCCUUCCUUCGAGUCAGUCAGGUCAGGUUGGUGAGGUCCCUCACCCCCCCCCCCCAGCCCCCCAGCCCCCCACCCACUUACCUGUCAAGUCGUGCAUGAAGGUCCUUGACCAUGAGCAGGACGCUGUCUUCGUCGGGGUUCCAUGGGGGAGCGGUGGAUUGAGGGGAGCCGGGCGAGCCCUUGGGUGUCACGGGCGCCUUGGAUGACAGCUCACCCGACCGCCCACCGGCAUCACUAGGGGUGCGAACCUUGUCACCCACCUCGCCUACCGACUGGGAGUCGGUCGACACCUGCAAUGGCCGCCGCUGCUCCACAAGGAGACCGCAUGACGACUUGCCGCCCGUGGGCGUCCGCCCCGCAGACGCGGCCGACGUGGCGGCGACAAAGGACCCGGACGGAGUCACAACCGCAUGCUGAUGCCGCUGCUGCCGCUGGUGGUGGUGGUGUUUUUGUUGUUCCUCAGCAGGCGACGGCGGUGCCUGAGGAGCAUCACCUUCAGCGGUUGUGAGCGUCGGCGGCUUCGGCACUAGUGGCAGCGUCGUCGACCCGGCAGCGGCAGUGCCAUAGAUGGCAUGUAGAGGGCUGAUUGUGCUCGAGUUGACGCCACUGCCACUUGUGACGGACCCGCUCCAGCCACUGCUCUCGUGCAGACUCUUGGCCUGCUUGCGGUCAAGUCGCCGGCGGUAAAACUCAGCGCUGCCCAGCCUCUUGUCGUUCUCGGGCAGAUCCUCCUUGCGUAUGGGAAUAGGAGAGGGCGGGUCGCCGCUGUCAUCCGCCACAUCACCAACACCACUGGCCUCAACUGCCUUGCCCUCAUGGCCGGUGCCCAUCGAACCAGGUGCGUCAGCCGCAUGGCCCUCGGCCGGCGGGCUGUCAAGCGGCAACAUGCCGAACGUCUCGCCAUCGGUCGAAUCGCUGUGGGGCUGGUGCGGUGCCUCGUUGGCCCCAUAGCCACCAGCAGAUGAAUCCCUCUCCGCGUGACUCGCCCUCCUCUCUUUGGCCUCUUUGCGGUUGCGUGUCCCACCGACCGCCUCGCGCUUGCGCUGCUGUGAGUGCAUGGUCGUCAGGUCGGGCCUGGUGGAUCGUUGGUGAGCUGUGUAAGAGGGUGGGGGCGUCCUGCUGCGGAGAUAAUGCUGCUGCUGCUGCUUGCCACCCUUGGUCGGCUCAUGUGCUUGCUGGGUCGCUCUCGGCGGCGGCGUGAGAGGCCGCCGUGGGUGGCCGUGAGCCCGAUCAGCUCUCCUCCACGACGGGGCCGCACCGGUACCGCCAGACGCCUUGACGGAGCGGCCGGGAUGGAGAUGUCCCUUAGCCUGCCAAUCGAUAGACACACCGACAGGUAGGUAGGUGUUGGCUAUGUAUGGCCUGCCUUCCUGCCUUGGUUACUUACUGGUAUGAUGCUAUGUCGAGGUGAGGCCCUUGGGGCCUGGAUCGCCCCGCCACUCUGCCGUGAAUUGCCACUUGCAGCAGCAGGCGCACUUGCACCAGACCCUUUGGUGUCAUCAGUCCUUCGGGUGACGGUCUGCUUGGGCGGUUGUCGUCUGGGUGUGGGUCCGCGGGAGCGGGAUGUCUCGCGGGACGUGUGGCGAACUGACUCGUCCGUGAGGGAAUCGGUCCCCGUGGCGAUGUUGGGGGCCGCCGACGAGGGGGGCUGGGGCCACGGGGCAGCAAAACUCGUGGGGCUGAAGCAGACCAAAUCAACGAACGGGCAAAGGAAACAAACGAUAAAGGGUGGAUUGGAAUAUAUGACACACAGUGUGCACCACACCACAGCACAGCACAGCACACAUGGCAGGACCAAUCAAUGAAUGAAUACAGAGGCAUGGAUGUAUGUAUGGAUGUAUGUGGUUCUGCCAGUGUGUCAGUGGUUUUCUUCUCACCGUUCUGACGGCCGUGUCUUCUUGGGGCUGCCAACCUCGUCCACGGCAGGGGACGCGCUGAAAUCACAUAUAUGUAUGACAUACGACGGACGCCAAAACAGACCGACAGGCAGACAGACAGACAGUCGGCAUCCACCAUGCUUAUGUGCGUCCGUGCGGUGCGGUGCGUAGGUACCCUUCCUUGGCAGCAGGAGUGCGUUGUGAGUCUUUCGAGCCGCGGGCAGGUGCGUCCAGGCGAUCUCCUCCUUUGGGCGUGGUGACGGCAGUCCCUGCAUCUGCUGUGGGGCAUGUGUGCGGCUCCAUCGCCCCCGCCGCACGGGCGGUGGUGGUGGCCUUGGUCCUGAUGCUACUUGGCCGACCCACUCCUGUCUGUCCGCGGCCCCCCUCCCUUGGCCCCAUCGUGUCCCUCCCUCUGUCGGCCCUCUCGCCACUGGCACCCCCUCCACCACCAGCCCCCGCCGCCGCCCUACUAUCGGUUCUCUUGGUCCUGUGCUUGGCAGGUCGGUGUGGGGGGUGGAGUGGGUCAUGCUCCUUCCUGGGAAGUGGUGUGUCAUCGUCUUCAGAGGCGCCUCGUGAGGUGGCGCUGCCGCUGCGCGACCGGUGUGCCAGGCGACACAUGGCCGUGUGCUUGGCCAACACCUUGGGCGAGAACCGCGUGUCGCAAUGGGGACACAACUCGAAGUCUAUCGGCAGACCCGCCGCGUCCACACGACGCUGCUGGGCAUUGUACCUGCCCGCAACCAGGCACAGCCGCCAAAGACACAAGGCACAGGCAGCCGAGCCACCUAAGUACUGAGUGUUAUUCCCCUUGUUUCUGUGUGGCUGCCCUGCCUACCUUUCUGUGUCCGUGUUGGGCGGUGCAUUUGUGUUUCUUGAGGGCCUCCUGGUUGAAGCUUCUGCCGCACUUGUCACACAUGAUGCGGCUGUCCUUCGCUGCCUCGCCCGAUGCCUCGGUGGCCCCGCCACCGACUCGAUAAUGGCCAUAGGGUCCUGCAGGAGGGGACGGAUAGGCUCCUCAUCCAUGCAGCAGGUCCAGACGUCACUCACGCCAGCCACACCCAUCCAUGGCCAGCAGGUCCAGCCGACGCGAGAGGCAUGCGAGAGGGGAGGGGAGGAGAGGAAGCCUAGGGGCUGCUGGUGUCGCUCUCGGCCGCCUCACGGAUGAUGGAUGGUCUGGACGGCUCGUCGCUCACUCAGUCACUCACGGGAGGGGAGGGGCGAGGCGAAGGUGGCUCUUCUUAACGCCGAUAUCAGUCAGCUUCUGGUACGUCUGGGGGGGCGCGACCGGUCGUCGGUCGGCUCAACUCAGCGGGCUGAGCGACUUGCUGCGUCUGGCAGGUCUGGGGGGGCGCCGUCAGCACCAUCUUAUACACUUGGCUCACUCAGUCACACAGGCGAGG